UAUGCAACGAGCGGACGCGUCAGUGAAACGUACUACGGAAGCGUACAGAAGUUGCUAGCUAGCUACAACUACAUUGUUUGUUAACCAUUUUGCUACUAGUAAACACAUUGCUUGCAAGUAAUCUAGUUUAAGAAUUAAGCAUUAGAUAGCUAACGAACGUUGGCUCACACUAUUUACGCGUGCACAUCGGUGCCCAUGUUUGCUAGCUUUUAGCUACGCAGAAGACGAAGGGCUGCUCCCUGGCAUAACUACGCUAAACUACGCUAGCUAGCCGGCAGCCUAUCAUUCGUCAGCAUGGCAGACGGAUGGAACACUGACACAGGAGAGGCUGUCUAUCGGUCCCGGGAUGCUGUCAAAAACCUUAAAAUUAAGAUCCAUAUUCAGAGGGUCACCUCCACAGCAGCUCUUUCCCAACACCUUCAGCAGCAGGUUUUGGCUCAACAGGAGAGGGACGUCAUUGAGCUCAACACUCUCAACUCACAGGCUCAAUCAGCUGGAGAUGAUGAAGAGGAGCUAGUGGUAGGCUGGCAGGAGAAACUGUUCAGUCAGUAUGAAGUGGAUUUGUUUCAGAGUGAGUCAGUUUGCCAGACUCCAUUGGAGAGACAGUACCACACAGAGAUCAUGGCUCUGGAGCGGACCAGGGGCCGACCGAACCGGAGGAUUUUCACCUACACCGAUUUUGACCGUUACACCAAUUGGGAAGGACAUGCCCAGAGUCUGGUGACACAGGCUAAGUCUAACCCGACCUUCCUGGCAGAGAGGAUGGCCAAUGUCAGACACAGACGACAAGACAGACGGCCAGUUGACAGCAGCAUCCCCAAGUCCAGGCUGAUUAACUGGGAGCCUUCAGAGGACUUUGUGAAGACCAGCCAUGUGGUCAACACACCUGUAAUGACAAUGCACAUUAUGGGGGACCUGGGGCCACAGGGCAAACUUGGCCAGAAGGAGAAGGAAUGCUUGUUGUGCACGAUAAGAGCAGACGGAAAUGGCGUGGUCACCAUCAAACCAGAUUUCAACAAAGGAAAAGAGCCCUACAGAGUUGAGACUGAUGGGGAGAAGAGGGAGGUGUGGCGUCUGACCCUGGAAAAUGUUUCCGCCAACAUCAGACCAGAGGAGAAGGAACAGGAGCAACGAAUGUACAAAGAUCUUUACGUACGUCAUAAAGACUAUCUCAACAGUAUGGUUGGCCAGGACUUUGAAAUGCCUCCUCCUGGUAUCCUGCGUCUGUUGGUGAAUGGAGAGAUAGAGUCUGCCAAAGGCUUUGAAUAUGACAACUUAUAUGUACACUUUUUCAUGGAGCUGCCCAAAAAUUGGUCUACUCUUCCAUUCCAGACUCUCUCUGGGGUGACUCAGACCUGUCGCACUAAGGCCAUUGGAAAGGAUGAUGUGGCCUUCUUUAGUUACCCUUUCAGCUUUGAGGCAUACUUCAGGAGAGAAGAUGAGACAGAUGACUACCUCCCCCAAUGGCCUGUUGUGUACUUCAAGGUACUCUCCCUGGACUUCUGGCAGCGCUACAGAACUGAAGGCUAUGGCUACCUAGUUAUCCCGUCUACCCCUGGGAAACAUACAGUAUCGUGUCAUACAUGGAGACCCCUGCAAACAGGGACUGUGUCAGAGUUAAGACGUUUCUUUAUUGGCGGGUCCCCUGAGCUGGAGGACUACAGUUACGUCAGAGUCCCAGGGACCUUUAAGGGAGACAGGCUGAGUCGCUUUGGUUUCCGCACACUAACCUCAGGCACUGUCACAUUCAACCUCCACUGUAUCCAGCACUCCAGGGCGUUCGUUGAUGCCAGCACCCUUAAGAAGAGGAGGCAGAGUGUACUAGACCAGCUGGGAGGCUUUAGUCAGCAAGGGGCUGUCUACAAUGUCCUUGAGGCGUUCCAAAGGGCUAGGACACGGAUGCAGGAGGCCAGACAAAGUCUUCCCAGAGAUCUUAUCAACACUACAAAUCAACUCAACACUGAUUCCACGGCUUAGACACAUUUGUAUUUGAUCAUUUUGUUACAUACAUUGUGUUAUAGUGCAUUGGCACACACAGCUAUAACCUAAAAACUACCUGCUAGAGGGAAACAAACAUCCCCUGUUUACCAGCCAGAUUGGUGUGUUUAUUAUGUAAUUACUUGUAUAUAAUUUGAGAUGUGGUUUACACAUUUGACAAUUACCUUUCUCAUUGUAUUUUUCAUGUACUUUUUUAAAGAGAUUUUCAGGCAUGUAUGGCUUUUUUGAUAAAGACAGUGGAGGACCGAGAUAUAUUCUUUCAAUGAGCUGUGAAAACAUACUGCAGCAGUACAUGUGCACCCAAGGCCACUUGGUAUUGUAUUCUAUUGACUUUAUAAAGCAGUGUCAGCUGUAUUCACUUUU